CAUCACAUCUUAUCUUAUCUUUAACACACAACUUUACAUUCUUCUAGCCAACAAAAAUGGCUGCUAACGAUAUGAGAUCGGUUGCAACCCUCCUCAUGAUCCUAAAUUUCGCCAUGUAUGUCACGCUUCUAGGCCUCGGUGGUUGGGCAAUGAACCGGGCCAUUGAUCAGGGGUUCAGCAUUGGUCCGGGGAUGGAGCUGCCGCCUCAUUUCUCACCGAUAUACUUCCCAAUGGGAAAUGCAGCAACUGGUUUCUUUGUGACGUUUGCUUUGAUCGCGGGUGUUGUUGGGGUCGCGUCGACUAUUUCUGGCUUCAAUUUUAUACGUACUUGGAACAUGGAUGACCGCUCUGGAGCCGCUUCUGCUGCUGUUAUUGCAUGGACACUAACUGUGCUUUCCAUGGGGUUUGCAUGGAAGGAAAUCAAUCUUGAAGGCAGAAAUGCAACUCUGAGAACAAUGGAGGCAUUUUCGAUUAUCCUUUCAGUUACUCAGUUCCUAUAUACAGUUGUUCUUUACGGAUGAUGAAUUGAAGGCACGCCAUUCUUGAAAUUGUUUUCUUUUUAUUUGUUUAUAUAGUUUGUUGUUAUAUAAUUUUAGGGAUGGUUGUGUGAUUGAUUGUAAAUGUAAUAUUUCUAAAACUUUAAAAUAAAAGCAUUGGCACUUGUGAUGUUUGAUGGAA